CUAAUUUGCUGUUUCCUCCAGUGGGCGGAGUAGCAGGGCUCAGCCUGGCCGCACAGCGCUGCUCUCAGCUCCGCUCCGUGUAGUUGCCGUUACCUCUCCACUCAUGCGGACCCAGCAGUAGCUCAUGGACUAGCCGGAGGUCUGGUGGUGGACUGUAUCGGGCUUGUACUGGGUGACCCAGUGGACCAUGGCUGCCAAAGAGGACCUCUACAGUAAAAUCCUCCCUCGGAGGCUCCGGCAGAACCGGCCGGGCUCAGUGAAAUGUGGCUCCAACCUGGACGUGCUGUUAUCCAUGGGCUUCCCCAGACCAAGGGCACUCAAAGCUCUGGUGUCAACAGGAGGUCGAAGUGUGCAAGCAGCAUGUGACUGGCUGUUUUCCCACGUGGAUGACCCGUUCCUAGACGACCCUCUGCCCAGGGAGUUUGUCCUCUACCUGCGACCCAGCGGACCACUACAGAACCAGCUCUCCCACUUCUGGCAACAGAGCCGGGUCACCUGUGGCAAAAACAAAGCCCACAACAUUUUCCCCCACAUCACCCUCUGCCAGUUCUUCAUGUGUGCAGACCAAAAAGUAGAAGCUCUAUGCGAGGCCCUCCAGGCCACUGUCCAGCAGUGGCGGGGUCGAUUUCCCAGCCCGCUGCCUCUAGAGCUCUACACAUCCUCCAACUUCAUUGGUCUUUUCGUGGAGGAGCAGGUGGCCGACAUCCUCAAGCAGUUUGCAGCUGACUUUGCCACAGAGGCCGCCAGGAAGGCAGAGGUCCAUGUGGAGCCUCAUAAGAAGCAGCUUCAUGUAACUCUGGCCUACAACUUCCCCACCAAUCACCUCCCAUCCCUGGAGAAACUGGCCAAGGGCAUCGAAGUCAAGCUAGGCUGUGAUUGGCUGGCAGUCCUGUUCUCCCGGGACAUUCGUUUUGCAAACCAUGAGACCCUGCGAGUGAUGUACCCCUACAUGCCUCAGAACGAGGAUGAGCUGGAGCUGGUCCCUGGCGAUUUUGUCUUCAUGUCUCCAGUGGAUCAGAGUAGCACCAGUGAGGGCUGGGUUUACGGGACCUCGCUGGCCUCUGGGCUGUCUGGCCUGCUGCCUGAGAACUAUGUCAGCCUGGCCGAUGAGUCCGACACCUGGGUCUUCCAUGGCGCCCAUUCAUUCUUCAGCUGUGGGCCCAGUGACAGGACCAGCAAGGAGAGAGGGAUGUUUGAUGCACUGCUGGACAGCCGACGCCCUGAUAACACAAGUCCUGGAGACACACCCACCCUCAGUCUCAUUUGUCAUCCAAUGCAGCAGGUCCUGCGGAUUAGUGGUAGUCACUCUCGGCAGCCAAAGAGGACGCUUUUUGUCUGUCGGCAUGGUGAGAGGAUGGAUGUGGUCUUUGGCAAACACUGGCUCUCCCUCUGCUCAGACAGUAAAGGUAGAUAUGUACGUUCCAAUCUAAACAUGCCUCCCAGUUUGCCGCUGUGGGGAGGACAGAGAGACUAUGACAUGGAUGCUCCUAUCACUGUGUUUGGAUCCACACAGGCUCGACUAGUGGGUGAGGCCCUAUUAGAGAGUAACACAGUGAUAGACUUUGUAUACUGCUCUCCCUCUCUGCGAUGUGUUCAGACUGCACAGAACAUCCUGAAAGGUCUGCAGCAGGAUGGUAAGCUGAAGGUGCGAGUGGAACCAGGGCUUUUUGAAUGGACCAAGUGGGUUUCUGGGAACUCCCUGCCUGCAUGGAUACCUCCCCCUGACCUGGCUGCAGCCCACUUCAGUGUGGACACAACGUACAGACCUCUGAUCCCAGUCAGCAAGCUCACAGUGUCUGAGCCCUAUGAGAAUUACAUGAGCCGGAGCUACCAAGUGACCAAAGACAUCCUGUCAGACAGCAAAAACACUGGAAACAACGUGCUGAUUGUAGCCCACGCUUCUUCCUUAGAGGCCUGCACACGCCAGCUGCAGGGCCGCAGCCCACAGAGUGCCAAGGACUUCAUCCAAGUAGUUCGAAAGAUCCCCUACCUGGGCUUCUGCUCCUGUCAGGAGCAGGGAGACACAGGGGUGUGGCAGUUAGUGGACCCUCCCAUCCUCCCCCUCACACAUGGACCAAACCACAGCUUUGACUGGAGGGAGACACUUCUGCAAGAAUGACACCUCUCUGAUCCAAACUCCGCCCCAACCUGAAAAUAGUGUACUCCCACAGACUGCAGUAACAAGUUUCAGACCAGUGCCCUCAAAGUACUGGAACCUUUCUCUUUACAGCCUCUUUGCACAGCUGGUGGCUUAGCAGUGACGGUUGAAGAAGCUUCCUGCCUGAAGACGAGGAGCCAAUCCCCAACCAGUGAAUGGUUGGUGAACUGACUGUAUCCCUCUGAGGCUGGUUUCAACAAUGAUUUAGCAAAUGUCCACACUCAAAUUUCAUUGUAUCAUUAUUAUUAUUAUUUUUGCAAUAAUGAGGGAGACGCUGGUUUGGGCAGUAUGGGUGUUAGCUGCACUGUGUGGGUGAGCUCUCACUGAAAUCCAGCUGGAUUACAUGUCAUCGCAGUCUCAGAAAAUGUUGUGAAAUUAGCUUGUUUUAAAACAGUUUGCCCUGUGCAUGAUUAGCAAAAAAAUUAAUAAUUAAUAGUGUGACACUGAAAUAAUGCCAUAGAAAGCAAAAGUGUGGCAGUUGGAGAUUUUAGCUACCUUUAUUUUUAACUUGUCAGUAAAGUUCAUUUUCACUGCAAAAUGUCUGUAUUUCACUAAACCAAAGAGUUUUAGUUCCCUAAAUAUAAGCUGGAUAACCCUAAACUCAGCAAAAAUUGGUUUACUUGCCUAAACUUAACCGUUAGCCAACGUUAAACAUUAUCUGUGUGCAACAUCACUCCCUAGUGAGCAGUACAUUGAGAUUUCCGACACUUGUGAAUCAUUACUGAUAGGUGUAGUGUCGCUCAAAUGUAAUUUUGGUUAUCUAACAAAUCAGACGCAUUGCGUUGUGGAAUUGUUAGCAAAAAGUAGGGUUCAUGCUAUGUACAUUAGUUUUUUCAUCCCGUUGUGCAAAUUAUUGAGGGCACCAUACAGUACAUAAAUUUCACAAUUUGGAGACUCAAUAGUACACUAGAUGUUUGCAUUAGGUUUAGCAAGUGUUAUUAGUUUUGUUAGCAUACCGUCAUGCAAAUAUGAAACAUUUUCAAUGUUAACAUGCUAACAUUAGCAUGACUCAGCUGUACUCUGAGCUUAAUUCCAACAUAGCUCACAUGCUAAAUCUUAGCAUGUCUCUUUUACAGAGAACGCUAAACCAGUUUGAUUUGGGUAACAACAUGGCAGUUUUUGCCCCAGUAAUGUUAAGGAUCUAAUCAGAAAGUUGUCUCAUAAUUUUUAAUUAAUCCAUCAAUUUUAUUUUCUGCUGUGUAAUGCGUAUUACAGCCUCAAUGGGUUGCUAGAGUGGUCACAUACUUUUAGUUGCAUGAAAAAGUGGCAGUUGCAGGUACAUUUUUCAUUCUUGACAUACUUGGGGGACAGUAACUAAAUGUUUGAAAUUAUUUGUGCUUAUUUCACAAAAUGUAAUGAGACUGUUGAGAAUUUGUAAUGACAGUGUUAUAUCAGAACAGUACUGCUCUCCUGCACAGAUCUUAGCAGCAUUUCCCCUCCACCAUACAUAUGAAUAAAUACACAUGGGCUGUGCUCAGCUUGAAUCACAGCGCUCCUGACCAGGAUAAAAACAGAUGGUAUUGAUUGUUUUAAAAGAGAUGGGCAUAUUUUGUCCUGCUUGACCUGCUUCAGUGCCUGAGGGAACACACAUCAGCACUGGCUUCAAGUCUUCAUCAGAGACUUUCCUGAUGCUACCCACAUAAUGUGGCCCCACAUGUUGUCUCUAUUUUGGCGCCACAUGUAGCACAUCCAGUGCAACAGUGUCUUCUACCUUUCAUGUAGUGUAUGUACAAAUAUAACAGCCACAACUAUAACAGCACAACCUGCACUAUUGACAAUCAUACAGUAGCUUCUUGAUUCUGGUCCAGCACAUUUUUAAUGUGCGUCUGUUAAAUGUUGUUCAAGGGUUCGGAGAAGCUGUAAAUAAUCAUAUUUUGAGAAAAGUCUUCCAGUUGCAUUUUUAUUUAUUUAUAAACCUUUCUUUCAUGUUAGAAGCAAAAAUCUUUAAAAAAAAAAAGGAUCAUCACUUCAUCAACAGCAUGCAAGAAUUUAUGCUCUGUAUCUCAGGUGUUACUGCACUGAAGACAUACGUAUAUGCAGCUUUGACAAGUGUUCCAUUGGUUGAGUGACUGUGUUGUUGUGAGUGCCUCUUGGAAUUAAAGUGGUGUCUCCUGACAUACUGACUGCCCAUUCGUAGCGACAGAAGAAGUUGUAAGUUACAUCAGUUGUAAACAGAAAUGGAAAGUUUGCUCAGGUUGAUACUUGACGCACAUCACACAUGUAGCUUAUUAAGACAUAAAAGUUGCAUGUUUUGAACUUUGAAGACAGUUCAGAAUUGACAAUGAUCUGUUCUGUCUCUGACAUCAGGUUCUCUCUAAAGCCAUAUGGUGGAAAUUCAUUCAGUGCUUCAGUACAAUUCCCUUAUAGCAUUCAAGUCAAGUUUCAAUUGUGUUCAGCAACAUUUCCCCCUAAAAGUACACCUAUCUUGUCAACUUACACCAAAAAGUGUGGCUGUAACGGAGAACAUCCACCAGACCCUGUAGUUGUUCCACCAAAAGAAUUCUGGAGAAGAUUUUUGGCCACUUCAGAGAUAGAUGCAACAAAUCAAAGAUAAAUUGUGAAAUACAAGCUGUGUCCCAUUUUUAUUGGAACUCCACAAUACAAGACCAAAUACGUCAUGAAGUAAAGCUAACGCUAAACUCAUUAGCCAUUGUGGUGAAUCCUGUGUACACCACUGACUGCUUUUAGGCCAGUAAAUAAAUAAAUAAGUCAGUAUUUCUCCAGCUGAAAUGUAUUCUUAGUAGUGAGGAGAAGGCUUUGAAACUGCAUUUAGACGUAGUUGUUAAAUUGUAAACCAAGAAUGUAGACAUAAUGUAGAAGUAAUGCCGUUCAUAUGUUUCUCCUCAAUAGUGAUCUGCUGACUCAGAUAAAAGUGAGCAUUUUAAUGGAAUAGUUUGACAUAUUUGGGAAAUACGCUUAUUUACUUAGAUCUGAAAAUCAAUACCACGCUUAUGUCUGUCUGUGAAAUAUGACGCUAGAGCUAGCAGGUUAUUUGCUUAGCUUAGCUAACCUGGAUCUGUCCAAAGUUCAAAAACACGCCUACCAACACCUCAAAAUGUUACUAAUUAACAUAAAGUAACAUGACAUAAUUUCAGCAUAGUUUCAAAACUUGUCCUUUUUACAUGUUUUUUGUACGGAUUAAAGAAAUGAGAUACAAUGUGUCAAUCAGGUGUUGGUAGGAUGAUUUUUGCACUUUUGAGUGAGCCAGGUUAUCUGUUUCCCCCAUCCUAUUUUUAUGCUUUUUUAAAAAUAAGCAAAUCCAUGUCCGGCUAUAGCUUCAUAGUUAAAGGUUUCCUGUGCAGUUUCUGACCUCUAGUAGCGCUAUGGAGCUGUUUUGGAAAUCUUCACUGGGAAACAUCUGCCUUUUAGGAUCCUCAUCUUCAAAUUCACUCAAAAAAUGCAACAUCUACCUGGAAAAAAUCAUGAUAAUUAUUAAUUUCCUGGGAUAUCAAAAAUGUGAUUUAAUGCUGACGUCCAUCUUGUGAAAACAAGAGAGCUCAGAACAACCAUCUUCCUGUUUCUCUGAUCUGCAAACCAUUACCAGUAAUAUUGUGGAAUCCAAUUAAUUCACUGUAUUGCUGUGCAACUGGUGCAAAUGCUUUGCUGACACAGGGAGGCAAUGAUACAGGUGCUGAGAAGAAAUACACUGCUACUACAGAAAUGUGAAAGGUUUCCUCUUUUGAAUGAAAUGUCAUUUUCAUCACACAACAUACUAGAGCCGCACAUGUUUUAUUGAAGGGUUACGGACCAUGUGUUUCUAGAAAAUGAUGAUCAUUUGUAGAGUGAAACCCCAGAAGAAGAGAGCCAUGUGGAAGAAACAUAGAGGAAGAAGCCAUGUCGUUCCUGUAUUAUUUAUUUAUUGUCUGGACAUAUCACCAAACGUGUACUUAAAGUUACUUCUUUUGAAAUCAAUAUUUGACUUGUAAUUUAAGAUGAAGUGUGUCUGUAGGCUUCAUGUAAAUUUUAUUUUCAUUUUGAAUUUAUCUUCUGUUGUUGUGUUUGUUAAGCACUGAGUUAUACAGAAAAAAAAGCUGUCCUUUUAAACAGCUCUAAUAUUUUCAUAUUUUGAAUACUCUGGCUUGGGAGGGAAAGUAAGGAAUAUGUCAUUCUAUGAUUUGUGGUGAUAGUGUUCACUUGCAGUUUGGUUUUGUUCUAACUGAACAUUAAAUAAAAGCAUACUUUUUCUACAUAGCAAUAACAGAAAACAACAGGUUUGCAAAGUUACUAUUUAUCCGUUUGGUUUGCACCUACGCUGCAAAUACUGUAAAGGAGGAGUCCAAUAAAAUUCUACAUCCUU